AUGAAAUUUGCUAUAAUUUUUGGACUGUGCUUGAUUGGAUUUUCAAUUCAACAAACGCCUUCUUCAAAUGUCAACAUACCAUUUCCAACUUGCACACCGAAAACAACACAUUCCACGUAUGAAGAUACACUUAUUGUUUUUGUUUUUGAUUAUGAAGGAGAUCCUGAUUUGGUGAGUUUUAAUGAAAUUCUACGAGGCAAAACAAGUUCGCACUUUUGUGUGAAUAAUCCUAUAACUUAUUCAUUUCAGUCAGAAGCAAGAAGUUAUCUGUUCAAACAAUUUGCAUGUGAAAUCCCAAUUGCCAAUAACAUCAAAACACAUCUUAUUCAUUUUGGGCAAAAUGAACCCACUUCAUUCACCGAUGCUGAUUUUGUGAAUAGCGGAAAAAUUGUGGAAAAACUAACAAAUCCAUUUACUGCGCGAGAUAAUUUAGAUCCGAGAUGCGAACGUUUGAAAACACAUUUGGCAGCUCACAAGAAUAAUGCACAUGUCAAAAAAUAUAAAAAUGUUCACUAUAUCAUUGUGAUCGAUUUAGCAGAAGUAUGCCCAGGACUGGAUUCCAAACUCAACAAAUGGUUUCUGUUUUAUAAAGUUAACAAUGCCCGCACGAUUUUAUCAAUGUUGGAUGACUAUGGCAACUUCAUUAAUAUCAAUACAUCAGGUUAGUUUUUAUUUGAAUCCAACAAGAAAAACCUCUGAGAACAGUUGAAAAUUCGAUCAGAUUUGCAUUUAUCAAUCUUUUUCAUCAAAAAAUUUGCGAAAAUCUUUGAAAAAUGAUUCGAAAUCAAUAAAUUUUUCAAAAUCUCGUGUAUUUUUCACCAAUAAUCCUUUUUUUCAGCCGCAACCUCGAAACCACUCGAAACAUUUGCCAAUGAGAUGUAAGUUUCACUCAAAAUCAAUCAAUAUUUUUGCAAAAAUCGAUUUAUUUUCAGUGUCUCCGAGAUUUUCGACAGUCAAACAACAACAACAUCGUCGUCUUCCUCAGAACCUGACGAGAAAUCGGAUGAAAUUCCAAUUGAAAUAUGGAUUUUGUGUGGGAUUAGUGCUUUGUUGCUUGUUGCUAUUAUCGCUGUUUGGGUUCAUCAUUAUUAUGCUAUGAAAAAAAUAAAUCAUGAUAACAAGAUAGCAGAGGAAAAGGAGAAAGCGGAAGCGGAAGCUGAAGCAAAAGCAAAGGCAAAAGAAAAUGCUUCGAAACCUGCUCAACUUCCAAAACCAAUUUCAAAACCGCCGCCAAAACCGAAAAAAGCAGAAAAAAGUGGAAGUGCUCAAAGUGUUUUGACUAAUAACACCUCUUCUCAAGCCAAUUCGUAUGUCACUGAAACACGGGCUGAUUUGAGCACAACGACCACACAGAAGAAGACAAGAAAGUACGAUUUUGAUGAUGACGCCUGUUAAAAGGUCACAAACUCGAUUUUUUUCAAAUUAAACUUAAUUUCGUGCGUUUUUUUAAAUAAAUAUUUUUUAUCCAAAACAUUUUGAGUUUUUCAAUAGAUUCUUCAUCGGAGAUGAUUUAGAAGUUCGAAAAAAACAGUGAAAAAUGGCUUUAGUAAAUCGUAGAUUUUUGAAUUUUGCAACUUCUAAACCAGAUUUUGACGCGAAGAUCGUGCAUUAUGUGAGCAGUGUAUGGCUAAUGUAUAAAAAUAUGUGCAAUCUUGUAAAAUUUCGUUCAAAAAUCUAGUUUUGUGAAUUACAUUGAUGAAAAAAUAUUAUACUGUAAUUCAAAAAUCCAGCAUUUCAAUCAAAAAUGUGAACUUGUUCAUUUUUCCGGAAGUUUUCCCGAAGCCUCGAAAUAUUCCGCAUAAUCAAAAAAAAAGAAAAAAAAACAUAAAUUCAAAAUUUUAAAAACGUGGAACGUGAAACGUGUCCCAGUUUCGAAAAGAUGACGUGGCUCAGUUCGAGCACAAAACCAUCAGUAUCAAUUUAUUUUGGUUCCGCUACUGGACGCUUCGAAGAUAUCAAAAGGUAUGCAGGGGAUUCUGAGGGUUCCCACUAAAUAUAACCGGGGAAUGAGAACCUCAAGAAGCUUUUGAAAACGAAAGGCAGUAUUAUUUCUCCUGAUAACUUGAAUUCCCGCAAAUUUUUGCUUUUUAGCUUCCAACUAUUUUGAAAUUGCUGGUUAGAAUCAAGUAGAUAGUUUUCCUGAUUCAAUUCAAUGAGAAGAAUUAGCUGAUAUACUCAAAAUUCCCCUGAAUUUCUACUGAAAUUAGGCUCGAAAAAGGUUUUUCAAAAAGAAAAACAGAAAAUUUUCGAAAAAAACGUGGCACGUGAAACGUGUCCCAGUUUCGAAAUGAUGACGUAGAUUAAUAUCUAGAGCAGCCGAAAUCAGUAUCAGUUUAUUUCGCUUCGACAACUAGACUCUCCGGAGAAAUCAAAAGGUAUUUUGGGGAUUCUCUGGCUUCCCACUAAACAUAAUCGGGAAAUAGGGACCUUAAGAAGCUUUUGAAAACGAGAAUCAUUAUUAUUUUUCCUAAUAACUUGAAUUCCUGCAAAUUUUUGCUUUUUAGCUUCUAACUAUUUUGAAAUUGCUGGUUAGAAUCAAGUAGAUAGUUGUUCUGAUUGAUCUCAAUGAGACAAAUCAGCUGAUAUGCUCAAAAUUCCCUGAAAUUCCCUCUAACUUGCUUUUUUGCUGAAAAAUUGCUGAAAACGCGCUGAAAUAAUAGCUUGGCCUGCAAACACCGCGACGCACAAAUGCACAUUUUGUGUACCGUAGUGAAGACGCCAAAAAACUGGCGAGAAUUCAUGAAUUCCUACUGAAAAUAGGCUCGAAAAAGGUUUUUCAAAAAGAAAAACAGUAAAUUUUCGAAAAAACGUGGAACGUGAAACGUGUCCCAGUUUCGAAAUGAUGACGUAGAUUAAUAUCUAGAGCAGCCGAAAUCAGUAUCAGUUUAUUUCGCUUCGACAACUAGACUCUCCGGAGAAAUUGGAAGGUAUUUUGGGGGAUUCUUAGGGUUCUCACUAAAUAUAGCCGGGGAAUAGGAACCUUAAUAAGCCGUUGGGUUUUUCUCUCAAAAAGAAAAACAAAAAUAAAUAAAUAAAAUUCACGUGAAACGUGACCUAGUUUCGAAAAAGAUGACGUGUAUCAUUUCGAGCGCAACAUCAUCAGUGUUUACUUUUUCAGUUCGACUACUAGCUAUGAAAUUCCCCGUCAUCUUUGGACUCUUUUGGAUUGGAUCCAUGGUUCAACAAACACCAUCUCCAAAUGCUAACACACAACUUCCAACUUGCACACCGAAAACCGCAACAAAUUCCAUGAAUGAUAACACACUCAUUGCUUUUGUUUUCGAUCAUAUAGCAGAUCCUGAUUUGGUGAGUUUGAAUGGGAUGUGCUUCUAGGUGACAAAACAAGUCCGCAUUUUUUUGGUAAUAAUCCUAUAACUUAUUCAUUUCAGAUAAAAGCAAGAAGUUAUCUAUUCAAACAAUUUGCCUGCGAGAUUCCAAUUGCCAAUAACAUCAAAACACAUCUUUUUUAUUUUGGACAAGAUCAGCCAAUUCCAUUUACUGAUGCUGAUUUUGUGAAUAGUGGGAAAAUUGUGGACAAACUUGCGAAACCGACUGCACGAUCAACAAAUCAAGACACAUGCAAACGCUUGAAGAAACAUCUUGCAGCACAUAAGGAUAAUGCGCACGUCAAACAAUAUAAAAAUGUUCAUUAUAUCAUUUUAAUCGAUUUAGCAGAAGUAUGCCCAGGACUGGAUUCCAAACUCAACAAAUGGUUUCUGUUUUAUAAAAAAAUUGGGACUGGCAUCCUAUCUUUAUCAAUGUUGGAUGACUAUGGCAACUUCAUUGCGAUUGAUUCAUCAGGUGAGUUUUUGUUCGAAUCGAGCAAGAAAAACCUCUGAAAAUUGCUGAAAACUCGAUCAGACUUGCAUUUUUCAAUCUUUUUCAUCAAAAAAUUUGCGAAAAUCUUUGAAAAAUGAUUCGAAAUCGAUAAAAUUCUCAAAAUCUCGCGUAUUUUUCCUCAAUAAUCUUUUUUUUCAGCCGCCACCUCGCAACCACUCGAAACAUUUGCAAAUGAGAUGUAAGUUUCACUCAAAAUCAAUCAAUAUUUUUGCAAAAAUCGAUUUAUUUUCAGUGUCUCCGAGAUUUUCAAAAAUAAAACAACAACAACAUCGUCAUCAUCUUCCUCAGAACCUGACGAGGAAUCGGAUGGAAUUCCAAUUGAACUAUGGAUUUUGUGGGGGAUUAGUGCUUUGUUGCUUGUUGCUAUUAUCGCUGUUUGGGUUUAUCAUUAUUAUGAUAUGAAAAAAAUCGAGCAUGAUAACAAGAUAGCAGAGGAACAGGAGAAAGCGGAAGCGGAAGCUGCGGCGAGGGCGAAAGCAGAAGCAGAAGCGAAAGCUAAAGCUGAAGCUAAAGCCAAAGCCAAAGCGGAAGCUAAAGCUAAAGAACUCAACUCAAAGAAGUCGGAGAUGAAAUUAACAGCGCCGAUAAAAUACGUCGAUUACCAUGGAAAACGCAUGCCGACAGCCGAUGGACAGACAGUUUGCGGUGUCAAAUUAGACAACAUCGACAUCGAUGUCAAUAAGCCCGCAUACGCUCAUCCAGGUCUUGAGAGAGCUCAAAAAAUGACUCCAUCUGAAAGAGACAGAAUGACAUCGUUGGAAAAGGCUGAGGAAAAGAGCCCGUCGGCGUAUCUUAUGCAAGCAAGAAACAUCCCCCUUGAGUACACCGACGAGGAAUACGAAAGAAUGAUCGACGAUCAAGAUUAUGCCGACAAACUGAUAAGAAAGAAACGAGAGGAGGGAGCGAAGAAAAUGAAAGAGGCAAAGAAAAAGGAGAAGGAAGAGGGAUCAGGAAAGAAGGAAGAAGGAUCGAAAAAGUCAGAAAAGGAGGAUGAGAAGUCGGGAAAAAAGGAUGAGAAGUCUGGAAAGAAGGAAAAGAAGGUUGAAAAAUCCGGAAAGAAAUCGAAAAAGUCGAAUAAGAAAGUUGUGGAAAAGAAGGAUAAUGGGAAAGGAAGAAAGAAUGCCGGAAAAGAUGGAAAGAAAAAGGGCAAAAAGCGUGUCGGAACUUUCGAUAAAGAUGGAUUGUUGAAGGGGCGCUUCACGCUUCAACCCAUGCCUGAGCAUUUGCUUGUAUAUCGUGGAUUCGGUCAAAACCCGGCGGAGAAUGAUGGAAUCGGGCUGAAAGAGGCCGAAGUUGAUGGAGAUGGCGAAAAUCCGGCCAAAUAUGAUGGGGGCGAGAUGGAAGGCGCCAAAAAUUUUGAAAUUGGCAAGGAAUAGUUCGUCUCUACUCGUCUAUACUAGUAUUUAUGUGUGUUUUUGUGUUGGUUGCGUGAAGGUUAGUCGGAUUCCUCUAAAAAUGUCCAAAGGGUCACUACAAAAUUCUCCAAAAUCUAAUAAAAUUCUGUUUUUUUUUUCAGAUUUGUUCUUCAUCCGCACCACACCAACUCGUCAUGCCAGUUUUGGCUUUAAUUUCAUUCUUUUUUUUCUUGUGA